AUGAUUCGAGUUGCCAUAGGUGGAAAAUCAAAAAAUCUAUUAAAUCACUUAAGCGACUUACCUCCUGAGAAAGCCUCAUCCGAAAAGUUUGAAACAUGGGAGCAAGAGGAUCUUAUUGUAUUCUCUUGGCUCAUCCAAAAUAUAGAGCCAAAUAUUGCCGGAAACUUGACCGAGUUUUCCACCGCCAAAGAGUUGUGGGAUGCUCUCGUCACUACUUAUAGUAGCGGCAAGGAUAAGUUACAGGCUUACAAUCUUCAUGUUAAAGCCAACGAAAUCAAACAAACCAACAAACCCAUCGAAGACUUUUGGAUUUCACUUCAAGGGAUUUGGGGCGAGAUUGAUCGUAUCGAUCCGAAUCCAAUGAAGUGUCCAAAAGACAUCAAAGCUUAUAAUAAAAUUCGAUCCGAUCAAAAAUUGUUUCAAUUUUUAAGUGGAUUAGAUCAAAAAUUUGAAUCGGUCAAAAAAGAAAUCCUUCGACUCGACCCUUUGCCGGCGGCUGAAGCCGCAUAUGCAACCAUAAGGAAAGAGGCCGCUCACCAACAAAUUUUGGGAGCAACCACCACCACUGCCGCCGUUGAAGGAGCACAGGGCAUAGCCACCGGAUUAAUGGUUAAGGAAGAAAAUGGAUUCGAGUUUGCCACCAAACGAUUUAAUCGAAGUAGUGACAAACAAAAAUCUGUGAUUCAAGAUGAUAAAUCACAUCUUACUUGUGAUGAAUGUGGCCUGAAGAGACACACCAAAGACCAAUGUUUCCGAUUGGUGGGUUAUCCGGAAUGGUGGGUCGAAAAUAAAAAGGGUCGGAGAUAUAACCCAUCCGAUAGAGAUAAAUCUUCAACCACUCGCACUAACCCCACCAAAGAAAGUAAUAGUAGUGAUGGCCGGAGAUCGGAGACGGGAUUCGGUGGGGUGGCGGCGGCUGAAGGUGAACAGGGGGGUGGGUUUUCGGUGGUUGAUGGUAAGAAGAAAGAGACAAGUCUCUCAAAUGAUUUUAUUGAGAAACACCGAUCCACACAACACCACCAUUUACCAAAUCCACCUUUAUAUAUUAAUCUUUUUUAUAAUAGGCCGGUUUUUAAUGGAUCGGGUAAUGGGCUUCCUGCUCUAAAUCGGCCAGCAAAGAUAAUUGGGCCUAAAUCAAUUGCGAAGGGAUUUGUGGCCCGUUCUGAUCAUUCAAAGUCAAACGGGUCAUGGAUUUUUGAUUGUGGUGCCACCGACACUAUGACUUCUGAUAUAUCAGAUUUUUCUAUUUUUUCAAAACCUAAAAGGACCCAUAUUCAAGCUGCUAAUUACGGGAAAAUGGAUGUUAUGAAUGGAGGAUCAGUUAUGAUUUCUCCAAACAUCCGUUUAACUAACUGUCUUUAUGUUCCAUCUUUGUCUUACAAACUUUUGUCAAUAAGUCAUGUGACAAAGGAACUUAAUUGCUGA